CCAGGCCUAAUUAAUUAUUAGGCCUAUUAUUUUUCUAAAACCUAGAAUCUAGAUCUAGAUACUAGAUCUAGAUUAGUUAGUAAUCUGGGUAAAUCUCCAUUUUAGCGUAUUUUAUUCGCCGCUUUGCGUACAGCUCCGGUUGAGCGUAUUUUAUUAUUAUAAACACAACCGAAACACACAAAAACAUUUCGAACACACUAGAACUAGGAUUAGAAAAGAUCUAGAUCUAGAUCUAAUUUUUUUAUGAAUGUGUGUUGUAAUUAGAACAGGUAAAAACAUAAAUAAACAUUACAGGUCCAAUAAAAUAGCGGGUGAUUGUCGGCGUGAGAAAAAUCCCUACACGGUCGAGGGUUCACCGUGAGUUCACAUUGACUUUAUCUAUAUAAGUCAUAGCCCAUAGCUUGGGCAAUUGCUAUUUGAAAUUGUGGUGGCCUCAAUGUUGGGGUCAUUGUGAGUUCAUAUAUGUUUAUUUAGAGUUUAGAGCAAUGGGCGUGCGAGAUACUUUAAACAAUAUAAACUUAACCUCCAUGAUUUUGGUACUUUACCCAUCGCCAUGGAAAUCUUAACUGACACGAACAUAUUUUCAAGAGUAAAAAAAAAAAAAAAAACUAAAUAGUGCACAUUCAAUACAUCCAAAUUUGGAUUUUUCUCAAGUUUUAACAAAAGUAAAUUAUCUAAAACUAAAACAAAAAAUUCACGAAGAAAUAGGCUUAGAGUUUUCCUAACGUUUUUGUGUGUUUCGAUUGUGUUUAUAAUAAAAUACGCUCAACUGGAGGUGAACGUGAAGCGGGGAAUAAAAUACGCUAAAAUGGAGUUUUACCAGUAAUCUGUUCUAGAUCUAGAUCUAGAAAGUAGUUUAGAUCUAGAUUUUCUAGAUCUAGAAAUGAAAUAGAUCUAGAAUCUAUUCUACUACUAGUACUAAGGCUACUAUUAUUAAUAAGACACGGCACUAGACAGUUGACCAAGCACAGCGAGAAGACCGCCACAAUGGUCCAUGAAGUGGAAGAUUUCUAUGGCGUGUACCUCCUGUACUGUCUAAACCCCAAGUAUAAAGGCAGGACCUACAUCGGUUACACAGUCAACCCAAACAGGCGCAUCAAGCAGCACAACACUGGCUCUCACGCAGGGGGCGCCCACAGGACCAGUGGCCGUGGGCCAUGGGAAAUGGUUUUGAUCAUUCAUGGCUUCCCCAAUGAUGUGUCAGGUCUCAGGUUUGAGUGGGCGUGGCAGAACCCAGAGAAGUCCAGAAGACUGAAGGGUGUCCCAGCUAAACGCUCUAAAGAGUCGGCGUUCCAGUUUCGCUGGCGCGUGGUGUGCAACAUGUUGCGGACAGCGCCAUGGAAUGGUCUGGCACUCACUGUCAGGUGGUUGAAGCAGGAAUAUCAGCAAGACUUUCCUGUAGGCUUAGAACCUCCGCUACACAUGCCAGUGGUUUACGGGCCAGUGGUCAGCAAGAAAAUCUCCAGCCAGAAAACCUUGCAACCCUCAACUGUGCCCAGCCAUGCGGAACUCAACAGGUCAUGUGCCAUCUGCUACAAGGACAUCCAGCAGGCAGAAAAUGUUUUGAGCUGUCUGAAGCCGUGCUGUAAGAUGGUUGCCCACCUGACCUGUCUGGCCGGACACUUCCUGGAUGACCCGGCCAGACUUCUGCCAGUGGAGGGCAAGUGUCCGUCAUGCCAAGUUGGCUUGCUGUGGGGCGAGUUGAUCAGACAGAAGAAAGGUUGUCACACAAACUUGUCCAGCAUUCAGGAUCAUUUAGCUCCACUCAGUGAGGGGGAUGAUAGCAGCUGACCAACAGGUGGCCAACAGCUGACCAACAGGUGGCCAACAGCUGACCAGCAUGUGGCCAACAGCUGAC